CCGAGCAGGGCUGGUGGACCAAGAGGCCAUUUUACAGCAGGUAUUGGUUCCUGUUUCCUUAUUAAGUCCUGCUAGAAACUAAACACCUGCAUGAACAGACCAGGGUCACAAGUAGAGGCCCAAGCAGAGAUUCUGUGAUCCUCCUUUUUCAAUGAAUCACCAAAAUCAGUCCGCAGUAUGAAAGACUGGAGCAGGAAAUCCACAAGGCAAUUGCCAGAGUGUGUGGUCGGGUCCUCCUCCGACAAGAGGAACUCAAUUAGUGAUACACCAGUGCCUGUGUGGGUUACUCACACACCCACACCAGAUAAUAUCACAGAUGAUGGUGACACUUUCUCCACAGGCCGCACAUCCACUCCACCUUAUGCACAGAAGGAGGGUAAUGACAAAAAAGGGACCAUGAAGGACAGGCUAAAAUCCCUCAUCCCACAUUCUUGGGAGGGCAUCAUCCAUAAAUGGUCAAGGGAAAGUGACAGUGUUAAUGAUUCUGAAGCCAGCACCAGCACGAUCCAGAUCCUUCCCAAUGGGACCAGGGUGAGCCCUCCUGUGAGCCCACUGCUGGAACGCAGGAACUGGGAAGAAUCACUGGACGGUUCGAGCCAGAACUGUAAGCCUUUGUUGAGGGAGAGCCCCAUUGAUGAUCUGUUUCAUCAGGGACCACAAGCAGAAUCUCUGCUGACCAGCAUCCACCCUGCAGAGUACUAUGCUGAAAAGUUGGAGGUCUACAACCAGAAGUACUCUUACUUGAAAUCGUGGCCCGGCCUGCUCAGACUGCUUGCUGGACUCCAGCUCCUAUUUGGGGGAAUGGUCUUUGCUUGUAUCAUUGCCUACAUCCAGAAAGACAGUGAGUGGUCCAACUCCUACGGCCUCUAUAAUGGUGCGUAUAACAAUGGGAUGGGUGUAUCUGGGUACAGCUACAGAGGUCCUAUGACUCCCUUCAUUCUGGCUGUAGCUGGACUCUCCUGGAUCAUAACACUGAUUCUCUUGGUGAUGGGAAUGACUAUGUAUUAUCGUACCAUCCUGCUUGACUCCCCCUGGUGGCCCCUGACGGAGGCCUUCAUCAAUGUAGCGAUGUUCCUGCUCUACAUGGCGGGAGGAAUUGUAUACCUGAAUGACUUGAACCGUGGAGGGCUUUGCUACAUGACUAUAGGAGUCAACCCCAUCAUGGCCAAUCUGUGUCGAGUUGAUGGGGGCCAGAUGGCGGGAACUGCUUUCAUCUUCAUCAAUAUGGCAAUGUAUCUGGGAAGUUUCCUGGUCUGUUUGAAGAUGUGGAGGCAUGAGGCGGUACGCCGGGAGAGGGAGUACUUUGAGAACCAGCCUCAAGAAGAGUACAAUCACUCCAUCCCUCUGGCCCCCCAGAAAACAAAACGCAUAUCAUUCAAAGAUGAAAUGGAUCGCUCUAUGAGCAAAGAUCACAUCAAUCAGCACGCAUUUGUCUCUGAGUUCCAUAAGAAUCCAGUCAGUCUGAACAGAACCACAGUGCCUGAAUACAACCCCAAAGCACACAUCAUCACAGACUACAUCAUGAAGUAUCCAGAGAUCGACUGUGUGGAAGAAAGGGAAAAGUACAAAGCUGUUUUCAAUGACCAGUAUCAGGAGUACAAGGACCUUCACAGAGAUGUCAGCAACACCCUGAAUAAAUUCAGAGAGCUGGAUGGCAUGAUGACUCGACUCCUCAGAGAUGGAAAAAGCCAGCAGGAUCGGCAGCGGAUUCAAAGCAUCCUGAAGACGUAUCAGCAGAAAAAGAGCGAGCCUGCUUUCCUUGAGAAAAAGGAACGCUGUGACUACUUGAAAGCUAAAUUAAGCCAUAUAAAAAGCAGAAUCCGUACUUUUGACCAGGAAACGAUGGCAAGUGAUCGGACCAUGUAUGAGCCUCGGUACUAUGAUAGCCCCCCUGUGUACAGCCCACCUUACAGCACCACCUCCCACAGCUUCUAUCCCCCGAGGAGCGUCCAAUCCCCCCAGAGCCAAUAUGUUCUCUACACAGAAAAUCUCCCACCAGACUCUUACUAUGUGGAGGAGAAGCCUCAACACUUCUACCGCUGGUUUUCUGCUCCUGGUUUUGUCAAAACCUUACAGGGAGCCACAACGCUCAUGUGUUUCCUCAUCUUCGCCUUCGUUGCGUCAACCUUGGUGUGGGAUCUGAAUGGAUUUGGGUAUGGGGGCUACGGUCUUGGCGCCACAGGGGAUGGUGUUCCAGGGUCAAUGUCAGGAUACUAUGGAGGCAGCUAUGGCUACAGCAGCUCUUACAUGACACCACAGUCCGCCAAGUCGGCAAUGAUCUCCAUGGCGGCCAUCAACUUCCUGGUUUCACUGGGGUUCCUGGUGGGGAGUUUCUCCCGGUCGCCGGUCAUGAGGGGGUGCAGGUUCUACCUCACUGUGUUCAUCAGUAAUAUCAUCUUAGCCGUCCUUCAGGGCAUCAUCGACAUCAUCUAUGUGAUCGGGGUGAACCCGAUGUCUCAGAGCUCACAGAGCAUGCUGUACAACCCCAUGCUGAUGAUGUGCCAGAACAUGCAGGGCAACCCCAGCCUCAGUGGCAGCGCCGGUUUUCCCGGUUUUCCUGGGGGCUUACCCAUGUACAAUCAAUACCUGCACCAUUACUGCUACAUGGACCCUGAGGAGGCAGUAGCAUUUGUGUUGGGUCUGUUGGUGGUGUUGGCCCUGUCCCUGUCUGCUUAUUAUGCCUACAAGACCCGCAGCAAGAUUUGGCGCCAUGGCAAAGCUAACAUUUACUGGGAUGCGCCACUGGUCAGGCAGUCAGAGGGGCAGGAUGUACAAGACUGGGUGGACCAUGAUGGAGAAGUACGCAGCACCCAGCAGGCACCGACUUUUGUUGUAUCAGAGAGAGCAGCUCCUGACCUCAGGGCGGAGAAAAGUGUGGUCUCCUAUGGCAACAGAGCCGUCAACAUCCACAGCGAGGAAUAUUAUAACGGCAACAGUUUCCAUUCCAACAGCAGUAAGUGUGCUGCUGAGACUCCGCACCAAAAGGCCGGGGUCCCAGUUUACUCCAGCAGCUCCACAGAUGAAGAUGACAGCAUCAGGAAGCCUCCUUAUCACGACGAGAGGGACCGGAGGAAGGACAGACAGCCUCGGCCUGCUGCUCAUGAGAUCGUGGAGUCCCAGUAUGAAACUGGUUACACCACUGAAGACACUGGGAACGAGCUGGACCGGAGAGACACAGAUUACCUCUUCAGGCUGUUCCCAGAGAUAAUUUCAGACGACCAGCGCAAGCAGUACAAGAGGGAGUUUGAGUCUGACCUGGCCCGUUAUAAGAGCCUCUGUGCCGAGAUGGAUGACAUCAGCGACCAGAUGCACAAGCUGAACCGAGAAUUGGACACGUUGGAAGAGGGCUCUGUGAAGUACCAGGGUGUUGCUGAUGAGUAUGAUCGACUGAGAGACCUGAAAAAGUCACCGGAUUAUCAAGCAAAGAAGAAGCAGUGUAAAGAGCUUCGGCAAAAACUUUACCACAUCAAACGUCUGGUGAAAAACUUUGAUCGAGGUCUUUGUUAGUGUGUCAGUAAUCUGUUCAAACAGCUGAGGAUGAUCUCUGUCAGUGUUUGACCUGGCUGACGAAUCAAGGAUUCAUGCAGAAUUCAACUGCUGCACAUGGGUUCCUCUUUCCUUCAUUUUUUCUACUUGGCUGUUUUGACCUUAAUGUUUACAACUCCUGUAUUACUUUAGCAGCUGUCGGAAUAGAUUACUGUCGGGGCUACUGACGGACUUUGCUGUGUGGUUUGUAAUAUAAACUGCUUGACAACUGGCCCUGAACUAGUACCAUGUGUAAAAAUUGUACUUUUACGUUUUACCUUUUACUUCCUGCAACUAAACUUCAACAAACGUUUAAUUGUUAAAGUAUGUUUUAGUUUUGCAAACUAAUUAAUGUCAGUUUUUAUAUGGAGAUUAUGUGUGGCAUGAAUGAAUUAAGAAUGAGGAUGAAUAAAUUAAGUGCUUUUGUCAUAUGAAUACACUUA